UGCGGGUUUAAAAUCAGACUUGCUGUUUCUUCUGUUUCAAAGUUAGUAGAUCCCCCGAGGAAUGAAGGUAAAAUUAAACAACGCGCCGGAAGCGGCAAAGGCUGCUGGUUGGUAAGACGCACCGGAAUGAAACCAUUUAAUCUAAAUCGCGUGGACGAAAGGGGCAUGGCAUGAGAGAUAAUAUCCCAAGAAGCAGCAAGGGAGAGCUAGCUACCAAGCGAUGCGUACGUGUAUGUUCACAGAUCUUUUAAUUAUUCUUCUCCUUUCAGGGUUAAACCUGGCUUACUAGACCAGACCGGGGGGUGGAGGGGGGGAGUUUAUGAGCUGCUACGCAGUAGUUAUGUGUUGAUGGGGGAGAUUGAGAAAGUUUAGAAUCAAAUAAAGCCCAAGACGAGACGGCGGCGACAAGAGCAGCGAGGAAUUUAACAGUUCAAACCUAUGUCCCAGUUGGGAAUUUCAAAUGCAAGCCGCUGCAAAAGAGUCGGUCAACCUGGCCCGGUUCGUAUUCAGAUAUAACUUUGCAUAUUUCAAGAGGAUGAGGCUCUCUCUCCGUCGUCCUACGAUGCGUUGAAAACGACAAGACGUGAUAGACCGCCCAUGUAGUUACUGUAUGUACUAUAAACCUGUCUACUCCGCAUAGCUGCCAAGAGCCAUAAUGGGAUAUCGGAGACAUUUUCAUAUCAUGGUCCAUGGCAUGGCAUGGCAUGGCAUGGGAGGGAACGUACUACGGAUGGGCGGAGGAAUGACGCUGAGUCUGAAGCUUGCCAACGAGGCUGCGAGAGGGCUCCGGACUCGGGAACGUUGA